CAGUCGUUGAGAGUGACUCGAAGUUCAUCCAGUGCGAGUGUACCGAAUCCAACCACUUGGAAGCUUGGAAGCUCAGGAAAUGAAUGAAAAUACAUCAAGUGGCCAGCUUCUAAAGUCUCAAGGAAACCUCUAGUCACAUCCCAAGUUUUUGGGCUGGCUUCCACAUCUCUGACUAGUAUAAUCCGGCGGACAACGACGGCACUUCCUGAACUAUAUGUCGGAGAAAGUCAAGAUGUGCGGAAUCUCCCCCACCAAGAAAUUCGGACCUGUCUCAGAAGGACGAGAAGGCUGACCACAUUUGGGAGAUGGAGCUUUCUAGGUCGAUUACGAAAGCUAGAACAGACUCUGCCAGCUACAUAGGUGAUCUUCGUGUUGGGUGCUCUGUCUGCUUCGUUUUCUGGUAACACGUAUGACGGCCCAAAGGCCUAUUGCUUAAGAAUGUGAAUCCGAAGGCUGAAAAAAAAAUGAGUCACCAGUUGUCUUCAACGGAUUUUACUGAUCGGAAUGAGUCUAUGUUUUGCCUGAGAAUGUUGACAUCAGGCCUCAACUUCGACUUCAAAAUAUUUGAGUAAUCGUUACCAAGACCCAUACCAAGGUACGUGCACACCAAAAACGUCAAUCAUUUGAAUCAUCCAACAAUUUCAAUCGAAUUCCAAUCGAACCGCUCUGAACAAAAAGACGAAUGCAUCGAUUGUGUUAAGCAAGUUUUGUUGGAGGUCACUCAGUGCCUUCAAAAUCGAGGGUUGCAUGCAUUAUAUCUUGUAAUCUGGAAACGUCUGUGAAACUUUACCAUCUCCUCCAAACGAUUUCUUAUCUAUUUCUCCUUAUCAAAAGCUUUUCCGUCACUCCGUCAGUCCUUCCAUUUGACAUCGUGUAGUUUCAACGGCCACAGAGCCGUGAACAAAAGUUGCCUGAGAUUGAUCAAGUAGCGUGAUAGGGAUUAGUCUCCCCUGGUUUGGCCCUGAAUUGCAAUUGUCUUGUCCGUCUUUCUUUGCCCCUAUCAUUUGUUUUGAACAAAGCUUUUGGCUUUUGGAAGCGAGGAUGGUUUCAAAGGAGAAAAAAGGCUACCUUUUUGGUUGGUGGGAAUGCCGGUUUUGUUCUCACUUUGAAGGACAAUGUGAGCAGCCUUCAAAGAUCCAAUUGGCCAUUGUGACUUCAUUGCGCUGAUAUACUGAUUUACUUGCUAACGAUCUAAGAAGGCUAAUUAGUAUUUGAGCACCCUACGGCCACUCUUAAAUGCCAAGGAUUCUUUCUUUUCAAAAUUCAUCCCUCCGUUCUUUUACAUUUUAACGCUAAAAAAUUGAACUGGUGGAACUGGUGCCUGCAGGCUGACAUGUGGCAAUCCAAUUGGCUGGAUUCGUUCCAUCUCGCUCGAGCUGUUGUUGUUUCACGCUCUUGAGCGUUUGUACUACUCAAACAGAUAUUAGCCUGCUUGUGAAUGGCUCUCGAUCAAGAUUUGAUUGUUCAAGGGAACCUACAUGCAUGGAGUACGCAUGUACGUACCUCCAUGAUCACAGAGUGCUUCAUCACAUCGGUAGAGUUUUGCAGACCCCUCGAGUCUGUGAAAUGCCCACAUGUGCUACCACUACGUGCAUGUUAUUGUUCCCCUUCCAAGUCAAGUCGGGGGGAACAGCGAGAGCGACCGACACCUUUCUCUUUAUGAUACGGUGACAGUGGCAUUCUAUUUGAGAAGAAUUAGUCAGUCACCCGGGGGCGAGAUCGCUUCGUCCAUUUCCGAGGCCCAUGGCCACCACCGAAGCAACAGAGUUUCCCUAUCCGCAUGCGCACAGGGAACGACGGAGGAAGGACAGGAUGCCCUUGGACGUGGCGCAUGUUCAUUAAAACCUCGAAAGUGGAGCUACUUGUGGUGUGAAGUGAACCCAUUUCAAAGGAAUCAUUAGUCAGAAUAAGCGUCCCAUAUCUCCCUCCUUGCUUCAAGAGAGUGAAAGCCGUCCCCAAGUGUUCCAAAUGCAAAAAGGCAAAGCUCCAGCCAACAAUUACAGUGCCAUGUAUCGACAAGGGUCAGGAGAGUCUUCGUACUCUCAAAGGUCUUCCGAUUUAAGUCUGGAUGAGGAACGGGAACAUUUCAGGAGGGAUACCGAACGUCAAGCCUUGCUCCAAUUGGAAAAGGCCAGAACCAAACCAGUGGCUUUCGCCGUCAAGACCAAUGUGGCCUUUGACGGCACCAUCGACGACGAUUCUCCGGUUCAAGGAUCAGCCGUCAGUUUCAACAUGCACGACUACCUCCAUGUCAUGGAGAGAUACGACCAAAAUUGGUGGAUCGGGCGCAAAGUUCAAGUUGGCUGUGAUGUGGGGUUCAUACCGUCUCCGGCAAAGCUGGAGACACUGAGGAUCCAACAGGCACAAAACCGAAACAAUAAGAUGUACGCCAAUAAAACUCCCUCCACGGCCAACUUGGGCAAGCUCCUCCCCAACAAGCUGAACCAAAACAAGGAUAGCAAGGCCAACAGUAGUAGUGAAAUGGGAGAUGAAGAGGGAAACCUCCCCACAGCCACUGGUAGCGGAGGGGUGGGGAGCGAGGAUGCGGACUCGGGCACGCCCAUUCCCGGUGCCAGCUUGAUCGAGCAGGAGCGGAAGAAAAAGGGACUCCUCGGGAACAAAAAGAUGGAGCAGAUCCCGCCCUAUGAUGUUGUGCCCUCCAUGCGCCCCGUUGUGAUCAUUGGACCCUCGUUAAAGGGCUACGAGGUUACGGAUAUGAUGCAAAAAGCAUUGUUCGACCAUUUAAGGCGACGUUUCGAGAAUCGCAUCAUCAUAACGCGCGUUGCGGCUGACAUCUCGCUAGCCAAAAAGAACGUUAUGAACAAUCCAUCCAAGCGAGCCCUUAUCGAGCGGUCCAAUUCCAGGAGUUCCAACAUGGCUGAGGUGCAGAACGAGAUCGAAAGAAUCUUCGAAUUGGCCAAAACGCUGCAAUUGGUCGUACUGGACUGCGAUACCAUCAACCAUCCAUCUCAGUUGUUAAAGACCUCGUUGAACCCCAUUCUUGUCUAUCUUCAGAUCUCGUCGCCCAAAGUGCUUCAGAGGCUCAUCAAAUCCAGAGGGAAGUCACAGACGAGGAACAUGAAUGUGCAGCUUGUGUCCGCUGAGAAGUUGGCACAGUGCCCACAUGAAUAUUGGGAUGUUGUUCUUCACGAAAACUCCCUAGAAGAGGCUAGUGAUCACCUCGUGGGAUGGCUGGAAGAGUACUGGGCCGCAACCCAUCCCCCGGCUAGGCCGGCAAACGUCACAUCCGCCUUAGGAAUGCCAUUACAAAGGGCCUUGCCUUCGAUGACAGCCCCCAUUGCCCUGGCGGCUGCCAUGCCAGGGACAGCCAAGUCCGUCCCAGGUGGAACCAUGACAACGGCAUCGGUUCAUCACCACCAUCACCAACACUCACAUUCUAAGACUGGUCACACUUCCACGACUUCAUCGGAGGCAGCCUCUCCGCAGGACCAAGAAGAACCCGUGCACAACCCCAAACAUAGGAUGUCCUUGGCGUUUGCAGAUCGUCCCACGGUCCCAAUUUCGGGACGCAGUUUCAAAAACGCUAAUCGCCCUUCCAAUUACAACAUGGAAUCAAGAUAUGAGCAUGAUUAGCGCACGUGCCAAAGUUCAGCGAGCCAGAAUCAGUGGUCUCCGGAAACUUUUCCGCACGACGGUGCAGGUCACUUGGUGUACGUAUUGGCUCCUUUCUUGAUGUUGAGGGAACAUGGGCUGUCGAUCUGUCGUUUUGUCGAUCUGAGGCACAACUGAUUGAGCCUAAAACAAGCAAACAAAUCAUGUGAUCAUUAUAGAGCAAAAUCCUUGUCACUGGUAGUCUGAACGACGUCAUGGUCGCUUUGUAUUGCAAGUGAUGGAUGGAAAAGCACAAAGUUUUAAAAAUCUAUUCCUACAUUAUCUUUUCGAGGCGCUCGACAAAUGUGGAGCAUUUGCUAUGAAGCUGUUGGUUUCCUUUCUAUCGCGUUACAUUUUCACUCUGAAGAAACCCCAACGGCGAUUAAAAGCAUUCUUGUGUUCCGAAGUAGCAGCUACAAUUGUCCUUUAUUAUCUUAUUAUAACCAUCACUUAUUGGUCUUUAUUAAACGCACUGUGCUAUUCAAGUCAUCCUUCAAAGAAGAAAGAGCCAACUUUCAGUCUCAAGCUCCAGUCAUGAUUAUGGUGGAACCUCCUCCUCCUCCUUCUCCUCCUCCACCUUUUCUCCCUUUGCCAUCUCCUCAUUGCUUCCAUAUUCCAAUUCUAUAAUCCCAAGAGUCUACCUAAAUAAACUCUCAAAACUAUUUUGAAUCAUUCCAAACCCAGCUCCUUUUUGUGUUAGCCUUGAGUCUCACUUCGCUCAAGGCAAAAAGACCCCGACCGAGUUUCUUUAUCAAGUCUCAUUUGUUUUCACCCUAUACCAUGGUUUCCAUUUGAUUAUUGUUAUACAUGUAUCGAGUAAUGGUAAUUAUCAUUAUUGGCAUCGUUACUGUCAUUACAAUGUAUAACGUCCUCUUUUGCCCCUACCCCUGAUGACGUCAAGAAUUCUUGAUCCACGUUUGUAGGCUCAAUGGCCUUGACUUGAAAGCAAGUUCUAUCCUUGCGUAUUUCUUGAUACCAAAUCUGCGUGCCAUCAAAAGUUCGAAAGAUUGAGCAAAAGAGUUGCAUCCUCAAGUAUUAUCCGAAAUGCUAACUCGUUGAAGCCCACGAGAGUUCAAUUCUUCAGCUCAAUCCAUGGAAAUAAUUCUAAAGAGACUGAAAUCGAACAAACCAAACAUGAAAUCAAGCAUCUUUUCCCUUCUUCCCUCCCUCCCUCACGGUAUAUCCCGAAUUGUUUACUAAAAGCCUCGAUCACUCUUAUUGAGAACCUUGUUUUCCUUCUAAUGUUUAUUGAAACGACAAUGAUUGAAAUACAAAGAGCUCUAAUGAAAACCUACCAUA